GCUUGGACAUGAGAGGAUAUCCCAGCAGGAGAGCGCCUGGGAAUAGAAACGGGCAAGGUUUGGGGACACGACAGGAAGCUUAAAACAGAAGAACUCCUUGGUGUCUUCCCUUCAAGACCUCAAAAAGAGGUACUGCUGUUGCAGUUUCUCACGUGUUUCCCCCCCUGUACUUUCCCUCUCGGGGAGACUUUGUGCAAAAAGAGGACCCAAGGCAGCAUGUGAUGGGGAGGACAGGCAGCUGGGCUGGGGACACCCUGCUCAGUCCUACCAGGCCCAAACACGGUGCUGCCACCACCGGAACGGCCAGGCAGGAUCUGGUGCCACCCAGUGACCUUUGGGAUCAGUGUCCAGUCUCCAACCUAAAAUUAGGCACAGCCCUCAGCAUCUGGGGAAGAGCAAGGGGCUGAGUGCUUGUGAGGACAAAUUUCAACACGAGUGGAAGCAUUUCCCCCAAAGCCGCCGGCAGCAGGUACUCGAGCAGCUCCGCUGGCAUGGCUGAAGGAGCUCUGGCUGCUGCAGAGGGGUUUUGGCACUGCUGCUGAGAAAAACAACGUGCAUCUUGCAAGCACACACACACCAUCUACAGAGAGAUGAUCGCUGUGUGUUAUGCUGCUGUCCGUAUUCACCGUGGGCAUUCAGAAGAUGUCAAUAGAGAAGCAGUGUGACAUAAAGGAGGAAGUGCGAGCUAGGUAAAAAUAAAGAACUGUGGGGUAGGAAGUGCUUGCGUACAUUAAAAAUGGGCUGAUAAAAAACACAGUGCUUUUCUCUCAGAGGACCUGAGGCUUCCCCAAAGCAGCGGUGUGUCCCACCUUGUCGGUGGUACCAGCAGAGGUGACCCUGGGCUCCUGCAAGCGCCUCGCUGAGCCCAUCACAGACAUGAACCUGCGGCUGUGCCCCACAGUGUGCCAUGCAUCCCCUGAGUGGUGCUGGGCAGCAGGAAACAUGUGUUCCCUUUCUGUGCGGAGAUGACUGGGCUUCCGCAACAGGGAAAGGCACUUCCAGUUUCCUUCAGCCUUCACGCUGGUGAAGGGAAGGAGCUACACCCUUCCUCACUGCCCGCUGCUGCUCACCAGGUCACCACAGCGCGUGCGUUAAUGGUGCCAGCCGGUCUGACAGCAGCUCCUUGCACGGGGAUUUGCAUUUGUCCAAGGCCGAGAGGACAGGGACAGCAGACAGGGAAUGUGUGGCUAGCAGGGAUGUCACGGCGAGCAGGCCCCGCUCCAGCACACCGCUGUGUGCUGUGAGCAUGUCAGGGACAGCUGGGCCCUGAAACCUCAGGCACGGACCCCUCCUGCAGCCCCCAGUCAGGGCAGGGAGGCAGGACAACCCCAGAAAUGCACACCUGCCCCCCACAGACAUUGGGGAGGGUCCCAGGGCAGCCUCGGACACAGAUGCCUCCCCUGACAGAAAUAUCACGGCCAAGGUGUCAUCGGCCUCAGCUACAGACCGCUCCUCGAGCAGAAAUAUCAGGGUGGGGACACAGACCACACUGCAUGUAAGCCCCUCCUUCAACAAAGAUUUAGGGCAUUCCUGUCAGAUUUGAAUUCCUGGUCUAUGACUCAGACAUGUAGGACUUUUGGCGCCAGUAGAAACCAAAAUCAGGAAAGCUCUGUACAGCUGGUUCAAUUCAAACGUGGCUGGAGACGGCAGAACUACCAGCUUGUGAGGCUUGUGUCAGCCGUAACAAAGUUCUCAAAAGGGAGUCACACCUCUAUAGCUGCCAAAUCAUAGUCCUUCAGUACUUCAAAACUACUUUUAUUUAUUUAUUUUAACAUUCAGGUGUUGAGUUCAGGUGUUACCUUUUCACAGUAAGAAGUUUUUACUAGUAUUAGCCAACUUGACAGUCUCCUUUAAGUUCAGACUGAGCUAUUAGAGCUGUAAGGGAAGAGUCUGCUUCUUGCCUACUGCAAAAUAUAACCCCCACAAGGAGUUCUUCAGAGGAGGCCACAAGCAAGCUUCAAAGGUAGCAGGAGCCCACCCCUUAGCGUGUUUCUGUGAUAAUUUUGAAAGAGAAGGAGUGUUAUACUUAAUUAUCAAAAAAUAUCAAUUUUGAGCUCAAUCCAAAAAUUAGAUGUUUCUCUGAAUACUGAAGUGAACUUACUGCUGACUUCUGCUCGCUGUGCAAAACCCUUUCCCACAGCUGCCAUGGUUAGACAGUGUCCCAAACUGGCUGGAAACACCAGUCUUAUCAGCCUGAAAGCCUUCGGGCUGGUGCUGAAACAGGACUCUCCUCACCUGGAGGUACUCUCCACUCAUGGAAGCUGGCCCCUGGGACAUCUAGAUGUCCAGAUAGCUGCAGCCAAGGAGGAUCUCAGUUCACUGACACACAGAGGAGCCACAAGAGGAAGGAAAACUUCAUCCCAGUGAUCUCAUGAAUUUGUCUGGGAGGAGAAGUCCUGGGCCCACUGUCUUUGCUUACCAAUGCUUAUGUCUUUUACAGGAAGUGUUAUCACCUACCACAGGACAUUUUCUCACAGCAGUUAGUAGUCUGAGACAACCUGCUUUGUCACCCUCACCUCUCAGUUCCUUUGCUGUGUUUCUGCCCUCACAAUCUCGCCAUCCCUGUGCUCCAAGUGGUAUUUGGGCAUAUCACUGCAGAUCUUCUGAGCUUGGUUGCUGAUGGAGAAAAAGCUUGUUUCCAUUACUUGCAGUCAUCAGUACUGGAGAGAAAGGCACUCCAGUCAAUCAGAAGCAACAUAUUUUGGCGAGCACAUCAUCCAAACAAUCCUUUUAUGAUCUGAGUGGUCUAAGUUAAAAUACACAUCAGUCUUCAGAGCUGGAAAAAUCUCCUCCAGACCUCCCUCUGCUUACCAGCUGCUUUGCCUCAGAUGUUGAGCAGACACCGCCUUUAGAGCCAAAAAGCGACUCCACAGCUUGCUGACCCCCCAUGUCCCUCCACUCAGGGCAAGGAGCUGGGGCUCCAGAUCUGAGCAAGUCUUCAGAAUUCAGACUUUCAGCCCUUUGCUGAUCCCAAGCCAUAUGAACUCCUGAACUGAGCUGGAUAGAUAUGGCCAGUGUGAUCUCUUGGCCUUUCACACCACAGUUUAAAGAGCAUUCCAAAUUCUCUCCUGUUAAUCCCAUCUGCAUAUGCACCACUUCUAUCAAAAGAUCCCAGAGGGAGCAGAACCAGAAAAGGUAUUUCUGACUCACCCAGGUGACACCCACCUAUAUCCAGCCCUCUUGCUACCUUAAUAUUGAAGCGUGCACAGCUGGAUUUACUUGGGACAAAUUAGCUCAGCAGAUGGGAAAUCCCAAAGGGAAAUUAAUAGUUUUCCUGUAUGGUAAUAAAAGUACUUAAAACAAGCUUAAACAAAACUCUCCAAUACCAUUCAUUGUCUAAGUGCAUUGAAUUAACAGGUUCCAGGAAGAAAACUUUUACCCUAGUAAUGAUCUGCUUCUUGACACACCUUUAGCUGGCACAGAAGGAUAUUGGCUUUCCAGCAUGCAGAAAGAGGAAAUUCAAACUUCUCUUCAGAAUAAUGUCCUUAUCAAUACUUCUUGUUUAUAUUCUCUUCAUUUUCAUAGGCAGAACAAAUUAUUCAUUCUCUAGUGCAAAGGAUUCACAGCAUUUUUUAUUUUUUUUUUGGUAGACAUCCCUUUUGUAGUCUUCUGCCCAUCUAAAUUUGGGUGUUACGAUUGCUAGUAAGAAAGGCUUUAAUGCUCAACAGGGAAGAGGUGAAUGAUCCCAUGUGAGUUCAGUGUUCAAACUUGUGGAAGCAACUGGAAAAUGAAAUUACAAAUCUCUGAAGCACCUCUUGCUUUUAAGAAUAGGUUACAGCUGAGAAAUUUGUCAUGCAUAUUAAUGAAGAGACUGCAAAAGCCAGGAAUUCUCAAAACCACAGACUUAAGAUAACAUCUUCAAUAGCAUAAACUAUAAAUACAGAAAGUGUAGCCCUAUGCAAUGCAUUCUGAGUAGUAGUUACAGAACACAUAAAAAUUUCCAUGCGGUACCAAAAUAUGUGCAGCCUGGUAUAACUUGGUUAGCCAUUAGACAACUUCAUAUACAUCAAUACAAGAUGCCUGUCUUGGGAAGCAGACUACACAGACAAGCAAUGCAAUGAUCCUGCUGAUUAGCAGGGGGUUGAAGUGAUAGAUUUGUUUUGGGUAAAUGCAGCAUCUGAAGGAUGACACCUAAGCUCUGAGUUGUUAAUUUAAGGCCCAAUUACAAGAUGCUUCCUGUUCCCCUGCAUGCUGGCAGAAUUACCCUGGCCCCACUGAAGUUAAUUUACAGUAGCGAAAGAUGAGGCCCAGCAACAGACCCCAUGAUGUGAAUCUACUUUGUAGCUCACAUAAAUUGUUCUGUACAGACAUUUAUCCAAGAAAACCAAGGGUGCCUGCAGAUUUGCAGCAGCUACAUUUGCUAACGCAAGCUGAGCAUCAGACUCCCUUGGUCUGUCCCAUGUUGCUCGCUGCAGGAGUCUCCUGUGUUAAGCUGGGGUGAGAUACUGGUCUCAGAAGCCAGUAGUGAAGCUUCUGAGCCAGAAGGACGCCCCCGAAUAUUUAAAGAGAGGUUUUAGCAGGCCUGAGACAUGUCACUGAGUCUCCACUGCAAAUCUGCUGCGUAACUGGGGACAGACACCUAUGUGUCCUGCAAAGAUCACACAACCAAGGGCAGGGAAAGCAACGCAGCCCUGGGGUUCUGCUGUGUGCAGAAGAGCAUCCUCUGCCUGCAGACAGCCAGGAGCACCACCUGCACAGCCGUGCCCCGAGCCAGGGGUGUGUGCAACCCUCAGGAACCACAUCCUCUGGCCUCCUGCACAAAAGGGUCAGCAGAUGCAGCACCAAGCUUGCCUCCAGCUGCACCGUGCUGCCCUGAAAGCCAGCUGUAACAGCACAUUGCCAUCACACACGCAAAGUCAAUGCUCUUCAGGACCAAAUUUUGCACCGUUUCAUCUUUCCACGAUUUUCAAUCUGACACGCAAGCCUGUGUUUUGGUCCCAUGACAAUGCCACAGACUGUCAGGCAGGUGACCCAGGCUCAGGCAAUUGCCCUCAGAGGGGAUCCCUCUGGCCAGCGCAGCCCGCAGGCUGCCCUGAGAUGAAUCAGUGUUUCCCAGUGACCGGAGAUCAUGGGUCUGAGUGUGCCCCCUGCUUCUGCUUCUUGUUUUGGUGGAUAUCGUGGGGAUGGAUUUUCUUUUCCUGUUACUGUGCUUGUUUAGGGGAGGCAGUCCCAGAGAUGAAGGCAGCAGCCCCAGAGGGUGGGAUGCCAAAGUGGCACAGACCAGGAGAAGCAUCUGUUGUUUGACAUCGUGCCCGCUCAGCCCAGAGCUUCCUUCCAGCACAAACAUCAGUCCUCAGCUACAUCUUCCACCAGGGUAUGCCCCCACACUGGGUUUCCAUAGUUGUCCCCCCUUUACCCCCCUGAAACUGAGUGUGAGUGUCAGCAGCCAGGCUGCUGGGACCGAGGGGAGAGCUACAGCAACAGCAUGCAAGCUCAUGGCUCACACUCAGCUUUAAGUCUCUGUACUGUUUUUGGCACUUUGCAUUAGACCACAGCUGUACAUAAACCAGAAAUCAUCCCAGGUGCAGUAACCAGGUGCUGAGUCUGCUGGCUGCCCUACAGCAGCUUCCCAGGAGAGGAGGGAGGUGACAUCAGUAAUCCAGCAGUGAGAUCAGCCUCUGCAAGAGGCCUAUAUUUUGAUUUGCUGCCUGCAGGGCAGCUGCUUCAGCCAAGAUCUCCCCUAGGUGGAUGUAGAAGAUGCUCCAUGUUGAGGUGGGGGACAGCAUGGGCUUUCUGGGUCAUCUGCAGUGACUCCCCACAGCCACCCUGCAGCUAUGGCAGCAUACAUGUUUUCCCAGUGCAACAGGCUCACCACACCUCCAUGGCCAGGGAUGUGGGCUCCUGUGAAUUCAGGAAGAAAAACCAGGAAAGCGAAUGUCUCUUCUGCAAGCAGCAGGUACAGGUGGGGUGUGGAAGGAGGUCCACAUCUCCCAUUCAUAGAAUCAUAGAAUGGUUUGGGUUGGAAGGAACCUGAAAGAUCAUCUGAUUACACCCUCCCUUCCAUGGGCAGGGACACCUCCCACCAGCCCAGGUUGCCCAAAGCCCCAUCCAGCCUGGCCUUGAACACCCCCAGGGAUGGGGCAUCCACAGCUUCUCUGGGCAGCCUGUGCCUUCACCCUCUGAGUGAAGAAUUUCUUCCUUAUAUCUAAUCUAAACCUACCCUGGCCCUGCAGGGACUUGCCCCACCACACCGAAGGAUCUUAGUAGUUGGUGUCCCGGGCAGGAGGCACUUUGCCGUGUGCGUGACGCAGGUCCCGAUGUGCCCAGCUGUGCGUUCCCCUGAGCACCUCAUCCUGCCAGCCCACCCAGGGCGAUGCCCUGCUGCGGGAGCAGGGAUUUCGGAGUAACCUGCCUGCUCCAUUCCUAACGCUGAGCUGGGGACCAGCCACGACACAUUUACAGCCCCGGUGCCCCAUUCCAUCGGGAUGCGACAUUACACGGUCCCGACAUGGGACAGAUGCCAUCACCACCGACCACCCCUCCUGGCCGGCCGGCCGGCUCCCCCGGCGGGGACUUCUUCCCCAGCCGAGGGGAUUUCUCGUUUCCCUUUGGCCCGAGCCCGUUUGGGGAGCGGAGGCUGCGGGCGGAGUUUCCCCGGCUCGGGGCUCCCUGCGAGGCCGGGUCUCCGCCUCCGCGCCCUCCCCUUAUAGCCGGGCUGCCCCGGGGCUCCGCAGCCAGCGCCACCGCCGCCCUCGUCGUCCUCGCCGUGGUGCCCGGGAGCCGCAGCAGAGCUAGAAGGAAAAUGAUGAAAAUGUUACCUUUUUUCCAAAGUGGUCCCAUUGGAAUACGCAAUGGAUCAGCAGGUUGCAUCAAGGUAAAUGGGCAGCUGGAAAACCCUGCGACAUCAGUAGCUGAGCAAGUCCCUGCCUGUUCUGGACCCUCUGGAGACGAAAUCUGGUCCAGGAACCAGGAGAAGAUGAGUGAAAGGCCAGAGGCAGCCGGCAGAACUUCACGAGCAUCUUCCAUCACGAGCACUGGGAGCUGCACCUCUGCUGGGGACAGUCUGGAGAAGGGGAAGAAAGGAAUCAAGGGAAUGUUUACGACUGCAUUUAAGAAGAUGAUAAAGACCAGGACACCCAGCAUCAAACAAAUCAUGGAUCUCCUUGAAAAGCACAAGCUUUGUGAUGCUGCCCUACUUCUGAUUGCCCUGGAGAAGAGCAUAUCCAGCAAAAGCGAGGAGGGACUAAGCACCAGGCAACAAGACAUCGAGUCCAUCAGCGAAAUCCUGAAACACAAAGUCUUCAGCAUCUUGAAAGACUCUGUACUUCUAGCAAGAACAAACCCAGAACUGCUGCAGCAAGCAGUAGAGGUACUGAAAGAACAGGAGAAAGAAGAUCAGAAUUGCCUGUCGGAGAAUUCGCCUGACCAAAAUGUGCAAUUUAGACCCAGAAAAUGGAAAGAGCUUUGGAUGGCUACAGUGAAGGAGUCAGUAGAGACUCGAAUGAAAGACACAAGUCAUACUCCCAGAACUGAGAACCUCUCUUCAGUUGGCCAAAACCUCCUGCACAUGGGGAAGACGAUGAAAGAAGAUUUGACAGUAGUUGCAAAAUGCAUUAGACAGCUUUAUCCCCCUGAGUUUAACGUGUUCGGUACAUAUGCAGAACUCUAUCACCAUCAUUUUGCCUCCGAGGCAAAGAAAGCUGCUGAGUCCCAGCUGGAAGACAAGGAUGUCUACCUUCUCCUCUCGUGGGUGCACAACAUUUACCCAAAAGAUAUGAGGAAAGAUCCUGUUUUAGCAGAGGAGCUGGAAAAAGUUAAGCUUGGAAGCCUUUUGCCAUCAAGCCUGAGCAAAGAGCUUGAAAGGAAAUACCUUGAUAGUGAAGAGGCGACCAUCAAAAAUUCGCUGAACAAAUGUUUAGAAAAGGAAAUUGAAAGAUGGAAAGAAGACAAAGAGCCAGAGAAACUAAACGGGCAUUUUCAGAGUGAACUACUAGCAAUAUUCGUUAUCCAGAGCAUCUAUAAUGGCCAUAAGCGAGCCAAGGAGAUCAGCGUGGCGCUGGGUGACGAGCUGUCACUUCGCCUGUCGAGGGAGCUGGCUGCCCUCCUGAGAAGCUACAAGGACGCUUUUGAAGACUUUAAGGAGAAAGGCAAGAAGCACAGACACUACAGGCCGAUUCUGAUUGCAAACAUUAACAAUUGCGGGAAUUUCAGAGACUACGCAGAGAAAAACAUGGCAGAAAAGGACGACAACAAAGACAGGAUCCUGAGCACCCUCGGGGACAUCGAGACCAGCGGCUAUGACGUCCUGCUUCAGCAGCUGUUUGUCCAGCUGAAGCCAAUUUAUAAGAAGUUUACAGAAAACAAGUGGGACUGCAGCAAUAAAAUUAUGAAUGAGAUCAUUAAAACCACCAGCAACCACAUUUCGGAGUUACGGACCCUGAAGGACCCUUUUUACAACGUCAUCGUUGAGAAGAUCCAUGUCCGCUUGGUGAGAGAUUACAUCGUGAGGCUGCUGAAGAGGAAGGUCAGCCUGAAAAGUGCAGCGCAACAGCAAAACCUGGCCCAAAGCAUCUCCAAGAACGCUGCCGAACUGGAAGACUUCUGCACCAAAAAUGGGUCUCAAGCCACCUGGCUGAAUUCGGCACUCCCAAAACUGGCUGAAAUCAUCCGGCUUCAGGAUAUAGGUGCUAUUAAAAUUGAAGUUGCGACGCUUGCCACGGCAUACCCAGAUAUCCGCAGAAGGCACCUGGAAGCUUUCCUGUAUAUCAAGGCCAAUUUAUCACGGGGAGAACUCAGAAGCAUCCUGGGCUACUUGGCAGACAGCACGGUGUCCACACCACCCAGCAACCCGCUCUUCUCCAGCAUAAACCUGUCCUAGGCUGGGGCACCCCUCAGCACCCCGUGUGCCGAGCUGUGGGCAAAGCCAGGGACUGUCCCUUGCAGCAGUGCUCUGCACGGCGCCGCCUUCUCCUACGGCAAGUACUUUGUCCUGGUCUGGUGCUCAGCGUCUCUAUGGGAAGCACCAUCCACCAUGCAUGGCCAUGGAAGGAAAGGUGCCCAAAAAAAAAACAGGGAUGCUCCUUGCACCAGACACGGACAUUCUCUGAGGUCUCCUUGGUGUCACCAUGUUCUCUGCCCAGACGCUGCCCUGGUGCUCUGACCUCUGCCUACCUCACUGGGCGCCGUGAAGGCCACGUCGCUGACUUCCCGUACUGAGCAGGCGCCUCCUAUGUAGCUUCUUGUCUGCUAAAGAAAGGGAAGGAAAUGAAAUUUGAAGCUAAAAUGUAGAGAUGUUGGAAAAGCCCCAUAAGAGCACACCUCCCCCCAGUCUGUGAUUCCUGAUGUCCCACCAUGCUGCAGCACCCCCAGAGGUUUGGGUUGGCCCCAUGGAGCCGUGUUACCUGGCGGCAUUGGGGUUUCCAAACCAGUCCCAGGAGCCCCAGCUGCCCCCACAGCAGCAGUCUGGCCCGGGCUUCGUUCACCUCCAUGAGGUGGGAGCACCUGAACCCUCUGGCAGCCACCCAGUGGCCCCAUCCAGCGCAUCUCCGCUGGGGUGGCACCCCCCUAACAGAGGCUUGGGAUCAAACUGCAUUGCAGUAGAACUUGUAGGCUGAGUCCCACCUUCUAGUAAAGCACUUUAGAUAUUGCUUUAGCCCUCCCUAUGGAGGAAAGGAUUUUUCCAGACCCUGUUAACAUUGUGAGCUUUGAGUGGGUGGUGGAUCUGGACUCGAAUGCCAUCAAAAUGUCUUGAGGUCCCCACCUGCAUCACCAUGCGCUCACUUGCUCUUUCCCCUCUUGCUGUAGGGUAGGUUAGAUGUGCAAACACAAGUGUGUCCAUUGUGAAACUACGCGCUGUUUUUACAGCCCGUUUUUGGGGGGGAAAUGAAUCACUUGCCAAAACAACACGUGUUUCAUUGAAGACCUUUCCCUUCUGUUCUUCUUUAUUUCAACUUCUGUAUCAGCCUGUAGAAAGUCAGUCUGGAAGGAAGACACAUAAUGACUGUGCAAACCAUGCAAUGUAUUUAUAUGCAUAUACAGUAUACCAUUGGUGUAUUUUUGCAACCAAUUUUAUUUUUUUCUCAGUUAGAGAUAUGCAUUUGCAAUGUUUAUAUUUAAACAGUAUUCAAAUACGCUAGGAGAGUGACUCACUUAUUCUGUCUCUGGCUGUUGUUUACUGUGUUGCCUCAUAUAGACCUACAUACUCCUCCAAAGGGCCAGCUCUUCCACUGCUCCCAGCCUGCUCCGGUGAGCAUUACCUGCUGCUGCCAGGUCAGGAGGGCAGGGGCGCCCUGUGUUUGUGGUGCCUGUUGGUCCCAUAGCCUGUCUCUCCUUACUCUCUGAAGCCAGGACUGCCAUAUGUGCUGCGUCUGUGGUAUCUGGUACAACAAGGUCCAAAACAUCAGCCCUGAGGCGCUGCCACGGCCUCAAUGUUGAAUAAUAAAAAGAUUUGUAUUUGA